UCCUGUACGCAUUAAACAAUAUUACACCUGUUUAUUACAGAGGCUUUGCUGCCAGGUAUAUCUGUCACAUCUGUCAUCCGAAUUACCUGAGUUAUCGACGAGAAGAUGAGGACAAGUAGAGCUACCUUGCCAGCUACAGGGGUGAUGUUAGCUGGACUACUGCUGACCUUAACACUGAGUGCGGGGCAAGAAAUCGUCAACAAUAUUGCGUCGCCGACAUUAAAUUUAGGAGAAACAGCCAACUUAGACUGCACUGUCCGCCAGAAGGGUUCCUACAAGCUCCACUGGAGCCAGUUGUUGAACAACCAGUUCCUGCUGUUAUCAAUAGAAGAAUCCAUCGAGGCGACCAAUCCUGUGGAAGGACUUUUCCCUAAUAAUAAGACUAAGUAUGAAGUGGACAGAACACCGAACGACGACCUAUCCCUGACUUACCGUCUCACCAUCAACAGGCUGCAGGUGUCUGAUGCUGGACUGUACCAGUGCUCUUUGGUAAAGUUAGAAGGCGGAGUUCAGCAUACUGUUAAGAAAAAUGGCACUAUCUCAUUACAUGGAGUUUCGGGUGGACCUCGAAUUAUCAACAACAUAGGAACGGUCAAGGGUCGCGUGAGCCAAAGCGCUAACUUAACGUGUCUUGUGGCGAACAAAGGAAGCAAACAGGUAAAAUGGAAAAGAAAAAAGACUAACACCGAUUUAACAUCCGACGGGAGAGUAAUAACUUCGAAUCCCAUCGAAGGAGAACAACAUAAAUACAAAAUAUCGACACAAAACACGUUAACAGGUGUCCAGUUCGUGUUGACAGUCAACCAUCUGACCAUGCAAGAUGACGGCGAAUAUCAGUGUUAUGUACAAACAAGCCGAACACCCUACCCUUCUCAGACAGGACGGCUGCAAAUAGGGGUACCCCCGACAAUAACAACCAACACCCCACAGAACGUCACCCGUCAGUCGGGCCAGAGUGUCUCCCUAGAAUGCUUGGCAGACGGAGUCCCCGACCCCCAGAUCGUCUGGACCCGUCUGGACGGGGCCCAAUUACCUUCUGGACAUUUAAGCUAUGAGGGUCAGAACUUGAUUAUUCCUAGAAUUACCACGGAAGAACGUGGGCUGUACCAGUGUAAGGCAUCCAAUGAUUUUUUCCCGCAAGCAAAGAAGAUAUUCAGGGUGUUGGUUCCCUUCCCACCCACUUCAAGGCCAUCACAGAUCGAGGUGAAGCAGGCCCUUGGUCACCUCGCCACAAUGUCCUGCAUCUUUCAAGGUUACCCUGAUGUUGUGCCGACGUGGUACAAAAUGUCAGGUUCAAACAAGGUUCCUGUGCCCACGACUGACGACAACUACCAUAUAACGCAUUCAUUUGGGGACGGAGUUGUUUGGCCGCUCAAUUAUAACAGGUUUAGUUUGAGCAUCCAGAAGGUGAAAAGUAGUGACCUGGGAGAGUAUCGCUGUGAAGGAGUGUCCAGUGGACAGACCGUCUUCAGCGGUAUCACAUUAACAGAAUCAGCGACAUGUGUUGGUGACGGGUGUUACAAUAUUGUAACACGACCCACAGCCACACCGCCUCAAGAUCACACGAAAUGUCAGGGCAGCAGUUGUGUCGACAUCAGCGCUCGGCUUGUGGGUGAAUCGCUUCUGCUGGUUAUACCGCUGAUCGUCACUCUGCUGUGAUCAUGCGAGGAUGUCAAUCUGCUGACAAGCCUCACUUUAUCUAGUAAAUGUUGCAUGUUUACAUGUAGGUCAAAUUUUCAUCUAAUUAUUGAAUGAUCUGAUACACCAUACAAACAAUGUUAACAGCUCUGGUUACCGUGUAUUACGAUGAU